CGGUUGUUCAAGAGCUACUUCCUCGAUGAGAGGCCAACAGGCGCUGUUAUUGCCGACCUGGACUGGGACUUCAACCCGAAGAGCUCCAUACGUAGACUGGAGCAGAAGAGGUUCACGCGCUCGGACGUGUUCUUCUAUGGCGUACAGGUGGUAUUCCUGUCCAUGGCGUUCUACUUGAACCCGGCUCCUUUCUUUGCCAGAGUUGGCGCUGUGCUGCUGCUGAUUGGGCUACUGCUUGUGCCUGUGACAUCGCAGUUCUUCCUGUAUGGGCUGCCGAUAUUGACGUGGGUCUUUUUCUUCUUCUCAUCGACGACCAUCUCGCCACAGUACAGACCUCCGAUCAGCGUGAAGGUUCUGCCGGCCGCGGAGACCAUUCUCUAUGGCGAUAACUUGUCACAACUCCUGGCCACGUACACUUCGCCAGUCUUGGACAUCUUGGCGUGGCUACCAUACGGUAUCAUCCAUUUUUCGCUGCCCUUUGUCGUUGCCGCGUUGAUCUUCCUGUGGGGGCCUCCGACGUCGCUGAGAUCAUUUGGUUUUGCCUUCGGAACGAUGAACUUGAUCGGAGUGAUCAACCAGCUGGUGUUUCCUGCGGCUCCGCCUUGGUAUAAGAUCUUGCACGGGUUGGAUCCGGCAAACUACUCCAUGCUGGGCUCUCCAGGUGGGCUGGCUCGUAUAGAUACGCUGCUCCAUCUGGACCUCUACACCACGAACUUCUCCAAGAACUCGCCAGUGGUUUUCGGUGCGUUCCCGUCGUUACACUCGGGCUCAGCAACCAUGGAUGCACUUUUCCUGUCGUGGCUAUUCCCAAGAGGAACGCCUCUUUUCAUCCUCUACGUCAUGUGGCUAUGGUGGUCGACUAUGUAUCUGACCCACCACUACUUCAUCGACGUUAUGGCUGGGUCAUUCUUGGCUGUGGUUGUAUUCCUAUACACGAAGUACACACAUCUACCGAAGAAUGAUAAGAAUGCAAAGAACCGUUGGUCCUAUGCAGAGAUAUCAAAGAUUGACAUGUUCAGAGAGGACCCUCUU